UUAGCCUUCAUCCCAAUUAUCCAGCUCCCUUCGCUACUACCAAUAAUGGCCACUACUGCCAUCGACUUUGCCGCCUACACGCCUGAGGCUAUCAUUGACGGAACCAAGUCCCUGAUUGCAAAGGGCGAGCAAGUCUAUGAUGCCAUAGCCGCCGAACCUAACCCCACCUUUGCCACUGUGGUCGUGCCAUUCGCGCAGUUCGAAAACCAAGUCAGCACCAGAAUGGCCGCCUCCAACCUCAGGGCAAUCUCGCCUGAUGCCGCCGUGCGCCAGGCCAGCAACGACGCCGACCAGCUGCUGGAAGAUUUCAAGACCAAGUCCGGCAUGCGUGCCGACGUCUUCGCUGCCAUCAACACCGUCUUUGAAAAUAAGGCAGAGAUGUCCCAGCUCGAUGCCGAGGACGCACGCCUGGUCGAGUACACCGUCCGCAGGUUCCGCCGCAACGGCCUGGCGCUGUCCCCUGAGGACCAGGGGAAGCUGGCGGCAGUCAAGAACAAGCUUACCGAACUGAACCUGCAGUUUGCCAAGAACUUCAAUGAGCUCGAGGGCCAGGAACUGUUCACUCGCGAGGAGCUCGCUGGCUUGCCAGAGGACUUUUUCGCCGGCCGCGAGACCAAGACCGAGGACGGAGUCGACAAGUUUGUCGUCACGACAAAGUACCCUGAUGUGGAGCCCGUGCUGCAAAAGGCGCAUUCUGCCGAGACCCGCCGUCGCAUUUUUGACGCUGCUAGGCUCCGCAUUGAGGCCGCAAAGCUGCUUGGAUACAAGACUAACGCCGAGUAUGUCCAUGAGGUCUGCAUGGCCAAGACGCCUGCUCGCGUCGCCGAGUUUGAGGCUGGCCUGCUCAGCCGUCUGAGCACGGCUGGCGACAAGGAAAUGGAGGAUAUCGCUGAGCUCAAGCGCCAGGACUCGCCUGAUAGCCCCAAGGUGCUUGCCUGGGACGUCCCCUACUAUCUCAACAAGCUCAAAGAGACCCGCUACAACGUCGAUGAGAACAAGGUCCGCCAGUACCUCCCUACGGAACACACUAUCCGCCAGGUGCUGGAUUUUUACGAAAAGCUGCUGCAUGUGCGUGUGCAAAAGGCAGACAUUUCUGUCUGGCACCCGUCAGUCGACGCCUACGAGGUGACUGACGACGAAUACGGAUUCCUGGGCCAUAUCUACAUUGAUGCCUAUCCGCGCCCGGACAAGGAGAACCACCCGUGCACCAUUCCGAUGCGCUCUGGAUUUGUGAAUGCCGAUGGUACUCGCCAUUUCCCGGCUGCCAUCCUGAUCACCAAUCUGUCCAAGGGCUCUGACUCGCAGCCAUCGCUAAUGUCCCACGAGGACUUGAGAAUUGUUCUGCACGAGCUUGGUCAUGUUUUCCAUGUCAUCUGCCUGAGAUCCAAGUACGACAUGUUCUGGCUCAUGUCGAUUGAGUUUGACUUCCUCGAGGCGCCGUCACAAAUGCUUGAGAACUGGGUGUGGCAGCCCGAGAUCUUGAAGCGCUUCUCCAGGCACUAUCAGACCGGCGAGCCUUUGCCUGACAGUCUCUGCGAUGCCAUCAUUGCUGCCAAGAACGCCGGUGUCCCCAUUGACGGCCUGCGCCGCAUGUACCAGAGCCGGUUUGACCAGACCAUCCACAACACCACCGAUGUGGAGUCGGCUGAUAUCACCCAGCUGUACUCGGAUCUGCGCCGCGACAUUGGCAGGCUCGAUACCGGCGACCUUGUUCUCCCAGCAGCCGGCAUCUUUAGCCACAUGAUGGGCGGAUACGACGCCAGGUUCUAUGUAUACAUGUGGGGCAUGGUGUUCUCUGCCGACAUGUUUGCUGCGCGCUUUGCCAAGGAGGGAAUCAACAACCCACAGACCGGCAGGGACUACCGUCGCGAGAUCCUUGAGCCUGGUGCCACCCGCGAUGCUGCCGAUUCGCUCCGCGCCUUCCUGGGCCGCGACCCUGCUGAUGCUGCAUUCUUUGCUGCACUCAACGUCUGAAAUAAAUGAACACAAUCGGGGUUCCAUAUAUUUGCAAAGUAGUUCCCAAGUAAACAAAAGAAUGUUUAGUUCUCA